CUUUUGCAACUUUCCCAAGUCUGUGCACAGAAAGAGAGGAGGAAAACUCAGAGGGAAGUGGCCUCUCACCAAGCCGUUUUACGUCCUCAACACUGGCCAGAUUGAAACUGCCACUUCGGGAAGAGAGGCCCAGACCCAGAACUCCCGACCUGUGUGAGGCUCCGAAGCCCCUCAUGAAUCCCCGAAAGAAAGUGGACUUGAAACUUAUCAUUGUUGGUGCACUCGGUGUGGGAAAGACCUCUCUCCUUCACCAAUAUGUACACAAAACAUUUUUCGAGGAAUACCAGACCACACUGGGGGCCAGCAUCCUCUCCAAAAUUAUUAUACUGGACGACACAACUUUGAAGCUGCAGAUCUGGGACACAGGUGGACAAGAGCGCUUCCGCUCCAUGGUCUCGACAUUCUAUAAAGGUUCUGAUGGCUGUAUCCUGGCAUUUGAUGUCACUGACCCAGAGUCCUUUGAAACCCUGGACAUCUGGAGGAAUGAUGUCCUGGCCAAGAUCAUCCCUAUGGACCAGCCCUAUCCCAUGGUGGUGCUUGGGAACAAAAUCGAUCUGGAAGACAGGAAGGUGCCCCAGGAGGUGGCCCGUGGAUGGUGUAAGGAGAAGGACAUGCCUUACUUUGAAGUUAGUGCCAAGAAUGACAUCAAUGUGGUACAAGCCUUUGAGGUUCUGGCCGAGCGGGCUCUGAUGAGGUACCAAGGCACCACGGAGAGUCACCUCGCAGACUCCAUCAAGCUCUCGCCAGGCCAGCAGCCAAGGAGAAGCUGCUGCUGAUACCCGGUAGCCUCCUUUGGACUCCCACCAUCAGCUGUGCAGGCCGCUAAUUCCAAG